AUGACUUGGAGAGACCCCAGGAUACAGAAGCGGGAGUCUGAUGUCCAGGUGGUUGAAGGAUCACCACAGAUUGCAGAAUUAGCAGCCUUUGUCAGGGCUUUUGAAAAGUUUCAAGAACCUUUCAACUUAGUAACCGAUUCGGCGUACAUGGUCUACCAAGACAAGCCACCACCACCUGGAGAUGGAGACAUUGCCGGAGUCAUCCUGCCACCAGAGCUCAAACAAGACCCAAGCCAACACGCAGCCUUUUACAGGUUCACCGUGCUGCUCUUCAACUGCCUUCUCACUUUGAGCUCCUGCUUUGACAUUCCCAGUGUCCUGCAGCAGCACUUCCAGGGCAUGAGUGCCAGGGGUUUGUGUUUUUUCUGUUUCUUCCUAGUCAGUGUUUUUGUUUUCUCUUUGUUCAUGAUGCUGGGAUCAUCCAUCUUUGCUUUAGGCUUACACUUCAAGGACUCGCCAUACCUCCUCCUAAUGAUGUUAAAAGGAAGACAGCUCUUUGGUUCCAGAAUGGGUCACUUAAAAGUUGUGCAGAAUCAUUACCAUAUUACCUGGUUUAAGGGGAAGGAGGCAUUUGGAUUGACUCCGUCUUUCUCCUGCCUUGGGAGUGUCCUCAAUUUCUUCUUCAUCCAGCAGUUUGAGACAAAGUUUGGAAUGCAGUGGACACUCUGGGGAGGGAGUCUGCUCUGUGUGCUGGGGUUUGUUUCAGCCCUCACAGUCAGCAUACUUGACGAAAUUCAGGACAUCCAGCACCUUCUCCUUCACUACUGGCUGCUGGUGCUCACCAUCAUGUUCUUCUUCCCCUUUGUGGCAGACAUCACAUACUGUUCUAUGUAUAUCCAGGAUAAAUAUUCUGGUUAAAAUCAGCGGGCAGCUGCUUACAUUUUUGGGGCAGUGUAUGACAUCUUCAUCAUUCUCUCCGCAGUAGUUGGCAUAUUAAUUGACUUCAUUGGACUGAGAGGUGUCCUUGCUGUUGGCUGUCCCAUGUUGACUCUGCCAGUCUUUGCUUUCCUGCCAUUCACAUCUGUGCCUCUGCUAGUCUAUACCAUCUGGCUGGGGAUCACUUACUCCUUUGCUGCAGUGAGUAGAGUCCCCCACUGUAUCUGGGUGUAUUCCAGCUACACUCCUACAUGUGGAUGGCAUAUUACUGCUGCCCUGGUAUCCUGCUAA